UACAAUCUGAAUUAACUGUAAACGGUAAAAGUGGAUUUACCAGAAAAUGCUGAUCAUAUUUUAUGUAGCUUUCAUGUUCACAAUUGGGGUCUGAAUGUGUUCAAUUUGUUUUCUCAGGAUGCACAGACGACCAGAGCUUUGUGACAAAGACUGUUGGUGUCGGAGAAGAUGUGAUGCUAACAUGUAGCCGCCAGGCUGCUAUUUCAGGAACCUUAUUUUGGAUCAGAGUUGUUGCUGGAAACUUCCCUGAAGUCUUAGGAGCCAGUUAUACGUUUGAUAAUGCCAGAGUUAAUAUGACUCCUCGCAUAACAACAAAACAAGAACCUGGGACGUUUGUUCUACGUAUUACUAAAACGCAGCUGAGCGAUACUGCAUUCUACUGCUGUGAACAAGUGGUUGAACUACAAACUAUUUUUCUGAAUAAAACCUUCUUGAGAGUCAAAGGACUUGAUAUCACUGCCAUCAUUCAAGACCUUCCAUCUGAUCCAGUCCGUCCAGGAGACUCAGUGACUCUGCAGUGUUCAGUCCUCUCUGACUCUGAGAACAAGACGUGUGCAGGACAACACAGUGUGUUCUGGUUCAGAUCUGGAUCAGAUGAAUCUCAUCCUAAAGUCAUUUACGCUCAUGGAAACAGUGGUGAUGGAUGUGAGAAGAGUCCCGAGGCUCACGCUCCACAGAAAUGUAUCUACGACUUCUUUAAAAACGUCAGCUCCUCUGAUGCGGGGACUUAUUACUGUGCUGUGGCCACAUACGGGGAUAUAUGUUUCGGAAAUGAAACAAAACUGGACCAUGAAGCCUCCAUCAUGUUGUUGGACGAUUGUCAGAGGGCCAAUAUAACUCUGUGUCUGUUGUGUGCUGCUUUGGCUAUAAGUUCCAUUGUUAUAGCCUUACUGAUAUACACCAUCAAGAGGAAAAGCUCCAGUUGUUUUAAUGCUGCUGCUCCCUUGAAAACAAAUGCUGCAAAAACCACUGAUGACCAACAAAGUCAGCAGACAGAUGAAGACUCGUUGGUUUAUUCUGUGGCAGACUUCACCAGAGGGAGAGCCGGCAGGAGUAUAAAGAGAGGGGCAAACUCAGUCAUGGAAGAGAGCAUCUACACUGAAGUCAGGGUUUUGGGAUAGAAAUGGCAGCACAUACAAAUACACCGGAGGUCCUAAUUUAUGUUACUUUAUAUAUUUGGACCAGAUCUUUAUAUCUAUUGACGUCUGUUUUAUCUCAUAGUCAACAUGGAUAUUUUUGAUAAGCCCAAAGAUGUCAGUGUUAAACAUUUUCCCUACGCUACCUGCCUCUUUUGUAUAUAGUAAAACUGUUAAAGCUCUUAUGUGCAACAUCUAUAUUCAAGCUUUCUCUGUCACGAAAAGCAAAAUGAUACAGUUUUUGGAAAAAUAAUUGACAAAUGGUGUUAAAAAAUCAACGUAAAGCACAGUGUCAAUGUUGGAGUAAUAGAUCCUUUACAGGAUGAUGAAUACUUUCACACUGGUAACAGUCUGUUACCAAAUUGAUUUACAUUUUGUGAGCAGACUACAUGUUAAUAAAACCUUGCUAGUAUA